UUAUGGAUGGGGGCAAAAAGAAUGAAGGAUCAGUGAUUGAAAUGGAAAGAAAGUGGCAACUUACAACAAAUUUGUGUUGGUGCAAAACAUCAUUCACGUGCAUGUCCAAGACAAUGAAGAGCAUGAUCUUAUUUUGUUUCUCAAUCAUUUCUUUGUUAUGCCUAUGCAAUUCAAAGGCUGGUGCAGUAGUAGAGAGAGCCACGUAUAUAGUUCACAUGGACAAGUCUGACAUGCCCAAAGUUUUCACUUCCCAACAUCACUGGUAUUCAUCCACCGUCUCCUCCCUCGACUCCACUACUCCUCCACACGACAACAUUAACCUAAACCCCUCCAUUUUGUACUCCUACGAGAACGCACUUCACGGCUUCAGUGUCACCUUGUCACCACACGAAUUGGAGACUUUAAAGCGAACCCCAGGUUUCAUCUCAGCAUACAGAGACAGAACAACAAAGCUUGACACCACCCAAUCCUACUCCUUCAUCUCUCUCAACCACUCCCACGGCCUCUGGCCCGCUUCCAACUACGGCGAAAACGUCGUCGUUGGCGUCAUCGAUUCAGGAAUCUGGCCCGAGAGCGACAGCUUCAACGACCAUGGCAUGGUAGCUCAGACUCCUCCAACGUGGAAGGGAAAAUGCGAGGGUGGUCAACACUUUGACCCCUCUCUAUGCAACUCCAAACUCAUAGGCGCAAGGUACUUCAACCAAGGUGUUGUCGCAGUGCACGGCGCUGAAAUUGGCGCUAACUCCGUUAGAGACAGUGUGGGACACGGGACACACACCUCGUCCACGGUGGCUGGCAACUACGUAAAAGCGGCGUCGUAUUUCGGUUACGCCAAGGGCACCGCAAGAGGAAUUGCGCCACGUGCUAAAAUUGCCAUGUACAAGGUUGCGUGGGCCCAAGGCGUGUACUCCUCCGACAUUCUGGCAGGUUUGGACCAAGCAAUAUCCGACGGAGUGGACGUGAUUUCAAUCUCAAUGGGUUUCGAUGCGGUGCCGUUGUACGAGGAUCCUGUAGCGAUAGCCGCUUUCUCUGCUUUGGAGAAGGGCGUGGUGGUUUCAUCUUCAGCUGGAAACGCGGGUCCGUUUCUCGGCACCUUGCAUAACGGGAUUCCGUGGGUUUUAACGGUUGGAGCCACCAACACAGAGCGUUGGUUUGGCGGCACGUUAAUUCUGGGUAACGGGAAAAGGUUUUCGGGGUGGACUCUCUUCCCAGCGAGUGCCACCAGUAGAGACCUUCCUCUGGUUUACCUUAACAACGUUUCGGCGUGCGACUCUUCUCAACUGUUGUCGCGUGUGGCACGUGGCAGCAUCGUGGUAUGCGAUCCCGUUGGCGUUGUGGAUGUUUUCCAACAGAUUGAACACGUGUCGUCGUCUCAAGUGUAUGGAGCUGUGUUUAUAUCAAGUGAUCCCAGAGUGUUUGAAAUGGGAAAAAUGACGUCUCCCGGGGUUGUCAUUACUCCUCGGGAUGGGGAAACUGUGAUCAAAUAUGCGCGUGGCGAGCCACGCGCUUCUGCUACUAUCAGGUUUCAAGAGACCUACGUUGGAACGAAGCGGGCCCCCACGGUGGCUACGUAUAGUUCUAGAGGCCCGUCUUGGGGGUGUCCGUGGGUUUUGAAGCCCGACGUGGUGGCACCUGGGUCGUCAAUUUUGGCGGCUUGGGUUCCGGAUUUGGCCGCGGCCCAAAUAGGCCCAAACGUGUUGUUGAAUAAUGAAUACAAUUUGUUGUCAGGAACGUCCAUGGCGUGCCCUCAUGCUUCGGGUGUAGCGGCUCUUUUGAAAAAUGCACACCCUGAAUGGAGUGCUUCGGCUAUUAGGUCCGCGUUGACAACCACGGCCAGCCCAAUGGAUAACACCGGAAAGCCCAUUGAGGAGAACGGAGAGUAUCCUCGACGGGCUUCUCCUCUAGCCAUGGGGGCUGGCCUGAUUGACCCUAACCGGGCCCUUGACCCAGGUUUGGUUUAUGAUGCCACCCCUCAAGACUAUGUUAACCUCCUCUGUGCGAUGAAUUUCAGCCAGGCCCAAAUCUUGGCCAUUACUAGAUCAAAGAAAUAUAAUUGCACGAGGCCAUCUUAUGACCUCAAUUACCCUUCUUUUGUGGCUUCCUAUGCUAACGAGACAAAAUUCCGGAGAAUUGUGACUUACGUGGGAGAUGGUCCAGCUUCUUACACGGCACGUGUGAGCUCACCCAAUGCCACUGCCAUCACCGUGUCUCCCAAUAGGCUCGUCUUCAAGGAAAAACAUGAGAAACGGAAAUUCACAUUGACGCUCAAAUCUCAAAUGGAAAAGGAACAACAUGUUGUGGCUUUUGGUGCACUCGAAUGGGUUGAAGAAAAGGGAAGGCAUGUUGUUAGAAGUCCCGUUGUGGUGGUACCUAGGAAUCCCCAAACUGGGAUUUAACUCCUUUUCCUAAUUAUAUAAAUGUCGUGUUCUUUUUUAAUGUUUAUUGUAUGUUGUAAUAUCAUGUGAGUGAUGAUAUAUAUGUAUGAACUUGCAAUCUUAUCUUAUUAUACAGUAUAGACGACUUUUCAA